AUUGAAAUCGGAGUUUUAUCCGGUCCUAUAAAAUCCACCACGAGUUGGCAUUGUAAGGGAGAAUCCAUCUUGAAAGCUUCACUUGCGUUAGCAUUCGAGCAUAUUCCAACACAGGUAAAGGAUCAAAAUGUCCGAAACCGAGCAACAGUUUAUGGAGACCUCGGAAAAUGGCAACGAAGGAGACGAGAGCUUGAACGGAGCGGAGGCGACGGGGGAGCCCGGGCCGGAGGAGGAGCAGGGAGAAGAAGAAGAACAAGAAGCGCUAGCGGACGCCGCUGCGGAGGAGGAGGAGGAGGAGGAAGAAGAAGAAGAAGAAGAAGAGAAGGAGGACGACGACUCCCAGAACGGAGUUGAGGGCGGACAGAUCAAUGCUAGCAAGGGCGAGGAAGAUGCGGGGAAAAUGUUUGUUGGUGGCCUUAGUUGGGACACAAGCAAGAAAGACCUCAAGGAUUAUUUCUCUAAGUUUGGGGAAGUUACUGACUGCACCAUAAAGAUGGAUCCCAACACAGGAAGGUCAAGAGGCUUUGGAUUCAUCUUAUUUAAAGAUGCAGCCAGUGUGGAAAAGGUUUUGGAGCAGAAGGAGCACAGGCUAGAUGGGAGGCAUAUUGAUCCCAAGAAAGCAAUGGCAAUGAAAAAGGAACCUGUGAAGAAGAUAUUUGUUGGUGGUCUGAAUCCAGAAACAACAGAAGAAAAGAUUCGCGAAUACUUUGGAACCUUUGGCGAGAUUGAAGCUAUUGAGCUUCCAACAGACCCAAAGACAAGUAAACGGAGGGGCUUUGUCUUCAUUACGUUUAAGGAAGAGGCACCGGUCAAAAAAGUCCUUGAGAAGAAAUACCAUAAUGUUAGCGGAAGCAAGUGCGAGAUUAAAAUUGCCCAGCCCAAGGAGGUUUACCAGCAGCAGCAGUUUGGUGGCCGUGGUUACGGACGAGGCCGGGGUCGUGGUGGCCAGAGCCAGAACUGGAACCAGGGUUACAAUAACUACUGGAAUCAAGGCUAUGGCAACCAGGGCUAUGGCUAUGGUGGCCAGCAGGGAUAUGGAGGCUAUGGUGCAUAUGGCAACUAUGACUACUCCUCUGGUUACUAUGGCUAUGGGGGGGGCUAUGAUUACAACCAGGGCAAUACAAGCUAUGGGAAAACUCCGAGACGUGGAGGCCACCAGAGUAGCUACAAGCCAUACUGAUCCCAUGUAGUGCAGGACUAAAGUAAGUGAAAGCAGGAGCCUGUGACGCAGCGACAAACGCAGGGCCUGACUUGCCUUUUCAAGUCGGCAGAAUUACAGACUCGUGCUCCAUUUGUACAGAACCAUUGAUUUGGGGAGGCAAAUGUCAAUUUUCCUUUAUUUUAUAUUGUUUUGUGUCCAUACACAUUUCCAGAGAUGGAAGUGUAAUUUUUACUGUACUUUUUGGUACCUUUUUGAAUCUAAUGUAUUGUAUGGUUGUAUUUUACAUGUCUACUGGAUUUACCACAAUUGAGAAGAGCCGUCAGAGCUUUUGAAAUAAACAAUUUUUGAGUAAUUUUUUUUCCCCCCGUGUUUUCUAGAUUUACUUUUGUCUUUGCAAACUUCAUGGCUGCCUGGCUGGGUUUAAAGGCGAGAGUCGGCAAUCAAAUGAAUCAAGUGACUCAUUUCAUUGUAAGCUUGUCUAGUUAAUUUUGUGAGUGUUUUGACUUGUAGAUGAGGGCAAACCAGCAUUUCUCUUUGUUUGGCUUUUAAGUUGAUCUGAGUUUAAGUGGUUUUGAUAGUUGUAACUACACCCGUGAAAUGUAAGGAGGAACUCCCUCCCCCAUUGGAAAUUCAUUCCUCUAGAGUGUUUUGGGCAAAUUGUUAGAAAUAAAAUUUUGGUUUAA